AUGUCGCGAAGUACUUUUUACGAGUUAUUAGCAGUUUGUGGAGAAAAACUAGCAAAGAAAGAUACACCUAUGAGAAAUGCGAUAACAUCAGAGGAAAAACUAGUAAUAACUAUCCGAUAUUUGGCUACGGGCUGCUCUUUGGCCGAAUUACAUUAUAAUUUUCGUAUUGGUAGAUCUACUGCUAGUAACAUUAUCCAAGAAGUAUGCGAAGCAAUAUGGAUUGAAUUAGCAGACAAAGUUAUACCGCAAUGUUCAACAGAGAAAUGGAUAGAAAUUGCUAAAGUGUUUCAAACAUGUGCACAGUUUCCCAACUGUAUAGGAGCAAUAGACGGAAACAUAUUCGGACUAAGCAGCCACCCAAUAGUGGUACUAUUCUACGUACUGUUUGCGAUGUGCGAUGCCAAUUAUUGCUUCACGUAUAUUGAAGUGGGAUCAUAUGUUAAAUCAAGUGAUGCUGGCAUAUUCACAAAUUCUAAACUUUAUGAACGAUUAGUUGAUAAUACAUUGGGAGUCCCUGCACCAUAUGCUAUUGACGAAACGAAUGAAAAAUAUCCUUUCAUAAUAGUUGGCGAUAAGACAUUCCCCUUAUCCGAAAAUUUGCUUAGGCCUUUUGGAGGUAAACAACUGACACCAUUGAAAGAAACUUUCAAUGCUAGAUUAACCCGAGCCAGAAGAUAUAUUGAAUGCUGUUUUGGUAUUCUAGCCAACAAAUGGCGUAUAUUUCAUCGACCUAUUGACCUCGAUAUUGAUGCAACUGUAGUUAAAGCUGCUUGUGCGUUACAUAAUUUUAUAAGGACAAGGGAUGGCACUAGGUCGAAUGACGAGAAGUUAGAUGAAAAUAUCAAUCUUGAAGGUCUAGCACCAGAUACAACCCAUAGAGGAAAUCCAUUAGCAUUAUCCGCUAGAGAUAAAUACGCUCAAUAUUUUGUAAAACAAAAAACCGUUUAA